AUGCUGUCGCCACAACUUGCAGACCAGUAUCCUAUCCUAUCACUUCCUCGUGUCAAAGAUGUGCCACUCCCGCAAAAACUAGUCUUUCCUCAACCCCGUCUGGCUGAUGUGUCGUCCAUCAUCGAUAUAGGUGUCCUGAAUUCAAUGCUUGCCUCUUACAUAACCAAACCCAGUCCGAAAUUGAUUUGGUCGUACUCAAUCAAACCCACGGUUUCAGUCGAGUGUAUUGAUGUAUGGCAAGCCAGCCCUCAAAAGAAAUUAUACGUUGUUGGACUUCAAGAACGGAAGAAGUCCAGAAUCUUGGUGGUGGAAACUGGAAAUGAAAAGACUGAGGAUGGCAAUUUCCUAGUAAGUACAACUAGUGAAAAGGAGCUUAGUUUAAAGAGUGGCAGUAAAGCUGUUGCUGUGAAGUUUUUAUCUGAGUCAGAAAUUGCUGUUGUUUAUCAAACGGGAUCAGUCGAUAUUGUCAAGUAUGGCGAGGAAAUAUCCUUUGGAGCCACACAUCAGGGUGAAGGCAAGGCCAUUUACACCACAUUCAUUACCGAUUUAGAUGAUCUUUUGCUAUUGACUAUAUCGCAAACGGAAACAUCAUUAACCUACAACCUCAUUUCAAUAAGUGCAUCCAAAAUCAUCCCGAUCCAAUCACACCAAACUGCGUUGAUUCACGCUACAUUUGCCUACAAUUCAGGCAUAUUAUACCAGUACCAUGAUGGCGUUAUUGAUGUCAUACCAAUCACUAAUUUCCACAUCCAAAAGACGGUUUCAGUUUCACCAAUAAUUCAAAGUGACGAACUAGUUUCUAUUGCAUCACCGGCCCCUGAUCGGAUCUUAUUGGGAAACGCCAACAUGAUUUACCUUUUAAACAUCAAGUUUGAAGCUAUAUUAGCAGAGUUUAAAUCAGUUUCGAGCUCAUCAAACCCAGUUCCCGACAAAGUCUACAUUAACCAAGUGGCACCAGUUAAAGGCGCAUCACAGUCGACGCAAACAACAAGGGCGUACUAUGUCAAUUUAAAAAACAAGGACAACAAUGUCUAUUUGAAUGUAGUUGAUGUCAAUGUUGGUUUAAAUAAGUUGAAUGAGUGUCUUGGUAAAUCAAUUGAAAAAAGUGGACAUGAUCUUAACCAAGUGGUUGACUUGUACAACAAUGUCGAAGGAGUUUCAUCCACUGGUGAUGAGCUUGACCAAGUUUAUCAAAGCUUGAAACAGGCGCAUGAUGCAAAGGAUUUGAACAAAUGGGAAUCCAUACUUAUUCCCUAUUUGAAAAACCACAAAACAUGGGAUCAAAUUAAAAAAUCAAAACCGAAAUCGAAAACAUAUCAAUUCAAGGAGUUUGAUGUGGAAAAUGAUCGUAUUGUUGAUAUCAAUUUUAUCAAUUCCAUAUUCGAUCUCAUUUUUACCACAAACCCCUUGCUGUUCAAAGCUGACGGGUUUAUCCCGGAGUACACCUUGAUGUACUUGCUCACUAAUCCCAUCUAUCCAAAAGCAUUCACUAGCAACCUCAUCCAGCUUUUGCACCGCACUGGAAACAUCACGCUACUCAAACAAGCAAUUAAAACAUGUGCCAACAUUCCCUUGGGAGACUUGCUUCACGAGUUUAUCACAAUUGGUUUCCAUGAUGGUGAUAUGGAUAUCUUUACCGAGUUGGUUAAUCGUAUAGUUUCCGAUUUUGCCGUUACUGAGAUCACCACCAGUUUGAAAUCAGCUAUAUCCCAGUACUCAACCGACAUCAUUGCAUUAAUCAACAAGAUUAUAUCAACAUCGAGUCACAAGGGUUGGGUUCUAAUUGAAAUACUAGUUGACAUCAAUGGCUUAUUCAACUGGAGUCAAGACAACGUUUCGCGGUUAAAUCAUAUAAUCGAUACCAACUUGGCUCAACUCGAUAUAAAUUCUUACAACUUGACAUUGAUUGAUCAAGUCCAAUUGAAAAAGAAUCAAUUAAAGAGGAGUAAAGGGUCGUCGGAUGACGGUGUGUUGACGAUUACUGAUCAAACCCAAUUGAACAAGAAGGUGGACUCUGAUUUGAAUGAAAAAGUGCCAUUAUAUUCUAUAGAGAGAUUGGAGAUAUAG